AUGGUAAUGAUGAGCUACGAGAACGACCUUGGACUGUGCUCAGAAAAUGACUACUACAGUUCGAUUUGUAGAAACCAGCAAGAACUGAUAAAGACAAUUAAAUUGUUCAAAAAAAGAAAUGACAAGACUGUUAUUGUUCACUACAAAUUAACAGGGUUUUUUCCCUUUUCAACGCUAAGAAAACUAUCAUCACAAAUUAAGAAUCGAACUGACUAUAUUGAUACAAUUUUUGCGGUGAAAAAUAUUUUUCGUGGGAAUAAAAUAAUUGAUGGCACCAUUUUAAAACACUUUGAUGCCUCAGAAAGAAAAUAUUUAUUAAACGGAAUUGAAAAAAUUAGAGAAGCUAUGGAAAACGUUGAAAAGUCUGAUUUACAAGUACUUGUGGACGCGGAAUACACAGAUAUGAACGAGGGAAUCAAUGCGAUAACCAUGGCAAUGAUUAUGCUUUACAAUGUUGAAGUACCGACAGUGGGACUUACUUUUCAAUGUUACCUAAAGAAUUCAUUGAACUCAAUUAUGCAAAACCUCAACAUAAUUGAAGAAUUCAACCUUUGUUGGAAUUGUAAGUUUGUUAGAGGAGCUUAUAUGCUAUCCGAACGCCAAUAUUCUGAUUUAAAUAAAGUGCCCAAUCCGGUUUUUGAUUCUUACGAAGAAACAAAUUCAAAUUAUGACAAAAUAGUGGAAAUGAUAUUUAAUUAUCAUUUCUCAAAAAAAUAUUCAAUAUUGCUUGCCACACACAAUAUUAACUCUAUUCGGAAGGCCUGCAAACUUUUGCUCCAAACGAAUAGACACACAGGUUCAUUCAAGUUUGGACAAUUGAUGGGAAUGUCGGACCAUAUUAGUCUUCAGUUGGGAUCUCUUAAUUUUCCAGUAUAUAAGUCAUCUCCAUAUGGAAAUGUGGAAGAUACAAUUCCGUACCUCGUAAGACGAUUUUAUGAAAAUUCGUCAAUUUUUGGUAACGUAAAAAACGAUGUCGUAUUUAUACGGAAAGAAUUUUUUCGAAGAUUAAACCCCCUUUCUCUAAAAAAUUAG